GCCGGUAGCGCCGGGCGCGCCGGGUUCCACGGUGCCGAUCACAGCGCCUGUGAAAACGCGUCGUCAGGUUUGCCAGCGUCCGCCGCCGCGGCGACAGAGUCAACAUCCGGCGACGCAGAGAUGCGCACGUUUCGGCGCUCGCCGAGGGGAGAAGGACACCGCGAUCGUGAUUUCGGAACAUGAAAGUGAGAUAAAUGGUCACGAUACGAGGACAAGGGCCUGAGGAGCGCUGGGCUUCCGGGACAGGACAAUCCACGAGGGCGAUUCGAAAUCCGCUGUUCUCGUUCGUGCGCUUGUCCAUGAUUAUUUCCUAGUGUCGUCGCGUAUCCACGACCGUCAUCAUCAUCAUCAUCAUCAUCAUCAUUAUCACCGUCGCCGUCGCCGUCGAUCCACUGAAAGACGGCCGCGACAGAACCGCGCCGAUUCGCUGUGCGCUGCGCGUUUUAUAUGAGUGCUAUUGCUGUUGCUCUUGCUGUUGUAUCGAGAGUGGUACGAUCUUGUAAUAGGGUGGGUUAUUCGCGAGCUUUGCUUAUUCCCGCUUGACCUGACUCGCGAGGACAAUAACGAAGCCGGAGCCACCUCCGCUGCCUCCGCCGCCGCCGCCGCCGCCACCGCCGCCGCCGUAUGCAUCCCACCCCCGAUCCGCGCGGCUCCAUUAUCCCGGCGACACCGUCGCCGUACCGAGGGAAGUAGAGAAUCGUCUCGCGGAUCUCGCAUCUGAAGCGGCGGACCGGUCCUUCCCCGCCUCCCUGCCUCAUCCCCUACCAUCGGCGACCCGGCGAAGCUACGCUUGCCGCGAGACGACAGCAAACACGGCGUGGACACAUCGGACACGAGAGUCAUGUCGUCAGGAGCAGGUUCCAGUGGAACUGGGCGAGGUCGUGGUUCUUCUUUGGCAGACAAUAAACCAGACAGUAAAGAAGCUAAGCCAAAUCCAAAGAUGUCGAAAGCUUUAGGAACGUCCGCUAAGAGGAUACAGAAAGAACUGGCAGAAAUUACGCUAGAUCCACCUCCCAAUUGCAGUGCAGGACCAAAAGGUGAUAACUUGUAUGAAUGGGUAUCUACCAUAUUGGGUCCUCCAGGUUCGGUUUAUGAGGGUGGUGUAUUCUUUCUUGAUAUACAUUUCUCGCCAGAAUAUCCUUUUAAACCUCCUAAGGUUACAUUCCGAACACGCAUCUACCAUUGCAAUAUAAAUAGUCAAGGAGUUAUUUGCUUGGACAUCUUAAAGGAUAAUUGGUCUCCUGCGUUGACAAUUUCAAAAGUCUUACUGUCAAUAUGUUCCCUUUUAACAGACUGCAAUCCAGCUGAUCCACUGGUAGGUAGUAUAGCCACGCAAUACCUACAAAAUAGAGAAGAACACGAUCGCAUAGCGCGGCUUUGGACCAAGCGCUAUGCUACAUGAGCGUAUUCUUUAUUCAUAUUAAACUCCUAUUAGUCUCAUGCCAACUUAUGAUCAUUGCUGCUCUCAUACAACUUGUCUCAUAUGUAGCCUGUACACAUCCUUAUGAUCAUGUUGGUCAGAAAACACAAGUGAGCAAAGACCGUUUGAGAUCAGCUCAAACAUGAUUGUGAUGUGCUUUUAUGUAGAGUAUGUAAUGUGCCUAAGGACGGAUGAAUGUGCGUACAAGUGUUUAAAGUGUGCUAGGGCAUAACGAGACAGGAGUUUUUCACUUAAAAGUUACAAUGAGAUAGUAUUUAAAUGGAUUGUAUUGUUACAAAAACAAUACCACGCACAAUGCUGCUAAUGUUUCUAGAAUAGGAGAUAACAUGAACAAUAUUGAUAAUCUAAACUGUAAGUAAUUAAUAGAUAUAUAGGUAAUAAGACGUAAACGUAGAGGCCCAUUUUUCCAUAAUUGAAUUCCCAUAUUUUUAUAUUGAAUUGUCUUAAAUUUAAAUUAUUAUGUUCAUACAUGUGACGCCUGACUCAAAAUAUAGGCUAAUAGCAUGUAACUAUAAUUUAACUAUAUUGCAAAACUAUCGCAUACAAUUUUGUGUUCAUAAUACAGUAAUUGUUGUUCUGCAUGAAGCAGACAUUAAGAUUAUAUUUGCGUAUCAGACAUAAUUCAGUUGUCUGGGCCCACCCGCAAAAAUAUAUUGUAAUUGUAAAUAAAUAUUAUUUACUGUAUACCUAUACACUGGUACAUUCAAGAAAUCUUAUAAUUCUGACCUGGGUUUAUAUUCUGUCUAUACUAUAUACGUGUAUGUAUAAAUUGAUGUUUUAAUGAUUGCACUGAUAAUUCUGGUUCACUAAUUCUGAUUAGUGAUUUCUUAUCCUUUUCUAUACUGGAUGAUCCGAAAUUCACGAAUUUGGAGUA